GGAACACAGAUGUCACUGAGGGUCGGUCUGUUGAUGAGGACCGGGCGUCAAUCGGCGUUUUAAUUCCAAUUUUUAAUUAUGGCUUCCAGUGAUGGAAUCCCACCACCCGCAGUUCCUGGAUUUCCACCGGCGCCACCAGGUUUUGUACCACCAAUGAUGCCAGCAACGCCAUUUAUACAACCACCGAGCUUACCACCAGGCCCUCCAGGAAUAAUGCCACCGCAGUUUUCUAUUCCCCCACCAGGAUUUGGAUUUCCAAUAUCAGGCCCUCCAGAUGCUGGCGUAAUUGUUGCUCCUCCACAUAUUACAGCUCCUGGUGUACCUCCUCCAGCACCCGCGGCUGCCGAUAUCGCAACAAAUGCAUUGGCUGAAAAAAAAUGCGAUUGGACCGAGCAUAAAGCACCCGAUGGCCGUACAUAUUAUUACAAUAGCGUAACGAAGCAAUCCCUUUGGGAAAAACCGGAUGAAUUGAAAUCUCCGAGUGAACUGCUAUUAUCUCAGUGUCCUUGGAAAGAGUAUAAGUCAGAAAAUGGGAAAGUUUAUUAUCACAAUGUAACUACAAAAGAAUCCAGAUGGAUCAUUCCACCUGAAUUAGAAGAUUUGAAAACAAGAAUAGUAGCGGAAGAGGCUGCAGCAGCUGCAGCAGCUGCUGUUGCUAGUGCGACAAAUACUGGUGGGGUACCCUUGCAUCAUUUAUCUCCAAGUUUGAGCGUAAUAUCGCAAAAUAGUACUCCAGAGCCAGGUGGUAAAUCUGCUAUCGAACAGGCUAUGGCAGCUACUCUUGCAGCAAUAAAUCUUCCAACUCCACCUUCAAAGCCAGAUGAAGAUAGCAAUUCGGCUAAGGGUUCGGCGAGCGGUAGUCGAAAUAGUACUCCUGAACCAAAAAUGCAAUUUAAAGAUAAGAAAGAGGCAAUAGAAGCCUUUAAAGAAUUACUCAGGGAGAGAGAUGUCCCAUCUAAUGCAACAUGGGAACAAGCAGUGAAAAUGAUACAAAAUGAUCCUCGUUAUCCGCAAAUGAAAAAAUUAAAUGAAAGAAAACAGGCAUUUAAUGCUUAUAAAACGCAAAAAUUGAAAGAAGAAAGAGAACAAGAACGAUUACGCCUAAAAAAAGCAAAAGAAGAUUUAGAACAAUUUUUAUUAGAAAAUGAAAGAAUGUCAAGUACAACUAAAUAUUACAAAUGCGAAGAAAUGUAUGGAAAUUUAGAAAUUUGGCGGGCUGUAGGAGAUUCAGAUCGUCGCGAUAUAUAUGAAGAUGUUAUAUUCAAUUUAGCGAAGCGUGAAAAGGAAGAAGCAAAACAAUUAAAAAAAAGAAAUACAAAACGAUUAGCUCAAGUUUUAGAUAUAAUGACUGAUGUCACCUAUAAAACAACUUGGCAAGAAGCUCAAUCUUUGCUACUGCAACAUUCGGCUUUUGCUGAAGAUGCAGAUUUAUUACAAAUGGAUAAAGAAGAUGCUUUAUUGGUCUUUGAAAAUCAUAUUCGUCAAUUAGAAAAAGACGAAGAAGAAGAAAAAGAACGAGAGAAAAAACGUAGAAAACGUCAGGAAAGAAAAAAUAGAGAUGGAUUUAUAAGUUUAUUAGAUGAAUUGCAUGAACAAGGAAAAUUAACAUCGAUGUCUCUGUGGGUUGAAUUAUAUCCAAUGUUAUCAGCAGAUCUCAGGUUUUCAGCAAUGCUGGGGCAGCCAGGAUCAACACCGCUAGAUCUUUUUAAAUUCUACGUCGAAGACCUAAAAUCAAGGUUCCACGAUGAAAAGAAAAUUAUACGAGAAAUAUUAAAAGAAAAAAAUUUUGAGGUUCAGGUUAACACAACAUUUGAGGAAUUUGCAACCGUUGUUUGCGAAGAUAGAAAGUCAGCUACUUUAGAUGCAGGUAAUGUUAAAUUGACAUAUAAUUUACUCUUGGAAAAGGCUGAGGCAAGAGAAAAAGAGCGUGUCAAAGAAGAGACAAGAAAAUUCAAAAAACUCGAAAGUGGCUUCAAAAAUUUAUUAAAGUCUGUUGAAGUUAAUCAUCAAAUUACAUGGGAAGAUAUUCGAAGUAAACUUGAGGAAGAACCAGAUUUUAAAGCUAUAACACUUGAAAGUGAAAGAAUUAGAAUUUUCAAAGAAUACCAGCAUGAACUUGAAGAAAGUUGCAGCCAUCAUCAUAUUAGGAGUAAAAAGAAAAAAGCAAAGAAACCUAAAAGAAGAUCACGCUCUAAGUCACACAGCGAGUCCGAAGGAAGUGAAAAAGGGUUAAAAAAGAAAAGACACAGAUCGCGAUCAACUAGUCUCAUGAGUAAGUCGGAUAGUUCGGAGUCAGACGCCAGGAAAGCUAAGAAAAAAAAGAAUAAGAAGAAAAGAGGCAGAAGUCAAUCUAGAUCACAUUCAAGGAUUCCGUCAUCCGAGGAAUCACCAGAUAGGAGAAGAAAAGAAGAAAAGCAUCGUAGGUCGUCUGCUCAAAGUGAAGGUUCCGUUAAUGAUGCUGUACAUCAGGAACUUUCAGAAGAUGAACUGGAAAAGCAAAGGGCACAAUUACUUCGAGAGCUUCAAAUGCAACAGGAGGAAAACUGAAAAUAGGUUCAUUAUUAUUAAUUAUUGUAAUUAGUUUGUAGAAGUAAAUAUCACUUUAAGAUUAUUUUCUAGAUCAAAAUAUGCGUUUAAAGUUUUGUAUCGAAAACUUCUCUUAAUGUUGAUACUAAUUUGUACCAGAAGACUAGCUUUUUGUUAUUAGUCAUGAAACAUUAAACGUUCUUAAGAAUUACGUUUAUAACUAAUUAAGGUAACAGUAAUUAAAUUCAAGACUUGCAUUGGUAUUCUAAAUUAUUGCAG